UGCGUCGUGGGUUGGGCUGCCACUGAUUAGGUUUCGUUCAGACCAUAAUUUCGCACUCAGUUGAAGAAGCUUGGAGUCUAUCUAUUGCAAUACAAUGGCUGGUGUUGAGCUUGCUCUAGCCAUUGUCCCACUCGUUAUCGUGCUGAUAGAGCAUCACCAAACCGUAUUUUGCAAGAGCAGAGCCUUGACUUCAUCCAGAAUCAGCAAUGAGCAGCAACUCGAAUUCUAUCAAGAUCUGCAUGCGGAGCUGUCUCUACUCUACAUGACUUUGAACAGAGUAGAGAUCGUUUCCAGCAGAACGGAGCUCAACAGAACGCAGCCAGCAAGCUCCCCAGCCCAAUCAAUCCAAUCGAGGCUUGGUAGUAGUGCAGACAAUUUUCAGCAAAUUCUGGAUCGUGUUUUAAAGAGCAUAGAUGAUCUGGAACACGAUCGUUCUAUGCUACAAAAACUCCGUCGUUUUGAACAGGCCAUCAGAAACGAUGAAGCAUCGAAUUCGGUCCGUGCGAGAUUUCGGUUCGCCCGAAAUGAGAAGACUCGCAAUGUAGCGAUGAAACGCAUACAUAAUGGAGUUAGAAAUCUGGAGCGUCUACUGAACUCUUCGAUGGAAAUCUUUAACUAUCGAGUUUGCCCGUCUCACCAAGAAUUCCCAGCCAACAGAACAAGGAGACUUCCAGAAGCACUUUUUAAGAAGAUGGCGAGCAAGUGGCCAUGCUCUUGCAAUGUACUGCAUUCAGCGAGACUAUGCUUAUGGAACUGUUGCUAUGUAAGCGACAAUAGUGAUGAUACAAAUUGCCCUGUCGACAUCAUCAUAUCCACGCCUAGUAACGAACGAGUUCCUUCCCAAUGGCAGGAAAGCACAAUUCUUAUUGCUGGAAAGCAAGGGAAUCAAGUGAACGAAAACGAUCAUGUUGAACUCAAUGUUCAAUCUGCGGGUGAUCAAGUACCCUGCACUUUCUCCUCAGCGCCGCCGGGUCGUAACAUCGACUCUCAGUCAUUGUGUGACUUGCUACAAAGAGCAGCAGGUUCUAACACAUGCCUUCAAAUCUUGUUUAAGAAUGGAAUACUUUGGCAACAAAGAUCUAAGCAAUCACGCUUACAGAAUUGCCAUCAGUCGGAUGCGUCACUAAAGAGUCUGCUCGGAAGUGUUCAACGCUGGCAGCGCUACAAUCUGCGUGACAGAUUGAUAUUGUCCGUAAUCUUAGCACAUGCAGUCAUGCAUUGCUCUGGAGGACCAUGGCUGCACGCAGAUUUGAACAAAGAGCAUAUAUUUUUCUUCCGGAAUAAGGGUGGUCCGAAUCCAGACAUUAGCCGACCAUUCCUUGCAAUAGACUUUUUACAGCAACAGACAGUGGUGGAUGAAGAGGACGAUUUGUUCGCGAUCCAUUCAAAUCCUGCUCUCCUGUCUCUGGGUAUUUUGCUACUUGAGAUCAACAAGAAGAUCUUGAUCGAAGACCAUUGGUUUACAGAAGAUCUAGCUGAUGGUGUGGCACAAAUCGGGAGCACAAACUUGGUGACAGCACUUCGCAUACUGGAGGAUAUGGAUGGUGACAUGACUGUUGGAUCACAGAGGGCUGUGAAGGCUUGUCUCGAGUGGGAUCAAGCCAACUACGGAAGGGAGGAUGAGGAUUUUGCGACACGGAUGUAUGAGCUCGUUGUGAGACCGCUUGAAGAUGCGCUACGACAUGGCUUCGAAAUCACACCGGAACAGCUAGGAUUGGGCGAAUGCCAUAUCCAUGGGGUGUGAAAGGACAUAGACACUCGUUUUCAUUAUGUAUAUUUAU